CGCCAUCCGCUACAUCGAGAGCCGGCAGGCGCUGCUGCGGGAGCAGGAGGACGCUUACUACCCCGUGCUGGAGCACUACAGUGGGGAGUCAGAUGCCUCCAGCCCCCGCUCCAACUGCUCCGAUGGCAUGAUGGAGUACAGCGGGCCUCCUUGCAGCUCUCACAGAAGAAACAGCUACGACAGCAGCUACUACACCGAAUCACCAAAUGAUCCAAAGCAUGGGAAGAGUUCUGUUGUUUCCAGCCUCGAUUGCCUCUCGAGCAUUGUAGAGAGGAUUUCCACAGAUAACUCCACAUGUCCUGUACUGCCACCAGUGGAAACUGUUGCUGAAGGGAGUCCUUGUUCCCCUCCAGAAGGAGUGAGUCUGAAUGACAACGGAGCCCAAAUUCCUUCCCCCACCAACUGCGCCCCACUUCCCCAGGAUAACAGCAGCAGCAGCAGCAACCCUAUCUACCAAGUGCUAUGAAGGCAGGUCCAGCUGGACUGCACUGAAGACAAAUUGCUCCAUUCAGCCAAGCUCCGAGACCUGCCUUCUAAGACUGAAAAGACUUCUUAAGACUUCUUCCAGUUCUAAAAUAUCACUCAAAAUUCCUUCAAAUAUAUAACUUUUCAAACCUGUAUUACUUCAAAAUCCACCUAGUUAUUUAUUGGUUGUUAAACUAAAGUUAUUUAAUAUGUCUAGAUAUAAAAUUGUAUACCUUGAAAUGGCCAACAUUUAAUCUGGGCUUGGGGAAUAGGAACCUGGCUGUUGAAUGUGGAGGAGAAUAGAAAUCUGCAACAGGAGUGGCAUGACCGAUCCUUCCUAUUACUCCUGUUCUGGCCAAAAUAAGGUUGUGGACCAUUUUUUAUAAAACUUUUUGUAUAACUGUAAAUAAGAGUUGCUUUGCAAAAAAAAGGGAAAAAGAGGAAAAAGAAAGAAAA